AUGUCGAUACCGAUCCUUCAACGACAAGAAAGCGUGCUGGAUGAAAUGCAGAGGAAAACUGCGACACUGAGGCGCGUGUGCGAGUACUUUGGUCGUCAAGCUACAUUCACUUUUUUGAAUUGUGCAUCAGUCAUUUCUCAGACCAAGCUUAUUGAAGGCAUUUUGAAUGCUUUGGAGGUAGGGUAUUUGUUGGUGGUCGCAAUUUUUCGCAUUUUCAUUUCCAAGUUGGAAACUAUACAUACUCUUGGUUUGCACUCGAAAUUUCGAACUGAAACCUUCCAGUGUCACGCUCGACCAACUCUAACUGCUUUAAAUUCGGUUCUGAAAAGACUGCGGAAGCACUUCAUACUCAUUCUGGACGAAAUAGAUCAUCUGACGUCGAACACAAAUACCUUCUUAUAUGCCGCUUUCCAGUGGCCCCAGACAAUAACCAACAAAUUGAUUGUAAUAGGUAAAGGCUUAUUUAAUUUCGGUGGUACGAGAUUUUUCACCUUUUCUUACACAAUUUAUCUGUUCUUUGAUCCGCAUGCCGGUGUUGCAAAUUCAAUUGAUCUGACGGAACGACUGUUGCCCAAGCUAAGGCUAGGGCAGCCCCCUGAAACGCUGGUGUUCGCUCCUUAUACGAAAGACGAUAUAACGCAAAUUAUUAAAAGCAAGAUUGAGAAUGAAUCGGUAUGCGUUCUCAACUUCAACAUAAUGAUAAUUAAUCUCUCUAAGGAGGGCUGUAUGGACGGUGCGGCAGUUGAGCUGUGUUCAAGGAAGGUUGCAGCUAUGACAGGGGAUUUACGAACUGCCCUUCACGUUAUGAAACAGACUACGUAUGUGGAUAUUUAUCGAAUCAUAACGAAUAUUCUUUCGACUUUCAUAGAUGCGCAUGAGCCAUCAACGCCUCGAGGUUGCCGAGAAGUGCUGGGGGUGUUAAAUGGCGUUUUUUCAUCACCUCUGGCCAGAGCACGUCUACCUCUUCAACCGCGUCUUUUGCUUGCUGUUGCUGUCGUUCUCUCAUCGAACAAAAAGGUUCAAGAUACUGGCUCUCUUGGUUCUAUAACUAUGUCUUGUUUUGCAACCACUUCGAAUAUAUCAAGACAGUCUGAUAAAGCUCUUGAUGUCGUUUCUUUAACAAAUGCGUACCAUCGGGCAUGUGAUGUCGUCAAAGUGCCCCGAUUGGAAGGAGAGGAUUUGGACGCUGCUUUACAAAUUUUGGAAAGUCAAUCUUUCAUCGCACGAGCUCCUAGUGGAAAAUUGCUGUUACAGGUUAACGCUGCUACUGCAAAGCUAGCAAUCGCUGACAAUCAAUUGAUUGCUCAAGUUACGGGACUAAAUCUGUGA